AUGGUCAAAAAACGGGAUGAGGGUAAAAACCCAAAGCUAAAAAUGAAGCCAAAUUAUGGACCUGUCAAGAACAGACAUACCUUCAGGGGUUCAAAUCACAGUAUGAAUCCAGACCGACCAAGAGAUGCGCAAAGCACACAUCUCCGCUCCAAAGCCACAAUUAAUCGUUUGCGAAUGUACAAAAGUUUCAAACCAAUCAGGGACAAGGAUGGCACAAUUCUGAAAGCAGCUCCUUUCCAAAGUUGGUUAAAGUCCGGUACUGUUGCGCGGGUUGAACCAAAUAGGAAAUGGUUCGGCAAUACAAGAAUAGUCGGUCAGGAUCAGUUGCAGAAGUUCCAGGAGAAUCUGGGAAAAGUUAUGCGUGAUCCUUUCCAGGUAGUUAUGAAACAAACGAAGCUUCCCAUCAGCCUGCUGCAGGAAAAGGCCAAACAACAGCGUGUACAUGUGACGGAUACGGAGUCCUUCGAGUACACUUUCGGAAAGAAAGCUCUGAGGAAAAAGGCGAAAUUAUCUUCUGACAGCCUUGAGGAUAUGACGAAGUCAAUUGAACUACGUAGUGAAAAAUACGAUGUAGCGAAGGAUCGCGAUUUGCAAGUGGAUGACCGCGAACUGAUUCGUAUGGAAAAUCCAAACCCUCUUUUUAAAGCGGGUCAAAGUAACCGUGUUUGGGGCGAAUUAUACAAGGUAUUGGAUUCAUCAGACGUUGUGGUGCAGGUGGUAGAUGCUCGCGACCCCAUGGGUACGCGCUGUCGUCAUGUUGAAGAGUUUCUGCGAAAAGAAAAGCCUCACAAACAUCUUGUAACUGUCAUCAACAAAGUAGACCUUGUGCCGACAUGGGUUACACGCAAAUGGAUCGGCGAACUCUCAAAGGAACUGCCUACAAUCGCAUUUCACGCGUCCAUUCAGCACUCCUUCGGAAAAGGGGCUUUGAUCAAUCUAUUGCGUCAAUUCGCCAAGCUUCAUAAAGAAAGACAACAGGUAACAUCUAUCCCUUUGGAAUAG